GCGGGGUACGUCCUCGCGCCUGCCUUGGAAGCACGUGCUGGGGGGCAGGAGCCUCAGCUGGAGCAGCGGCAAGCGGCGGGAGCUAUGGCGUCGUUACUUUGGGGAGGCGACGCCGGGGCGGCGGAGAGCGAGCGGCUCAGUAGCCACUUAUCGAAUCUCAUUCCCCGGAAGAGUCUUCGGGGUCUUAAGAGUACUACAGUCCCUGGACUAGGUGCUUCCAUUAAUAAUUCUGAAGAUGAUGAUGAAGAGGAUAUGGUGGAUUUGGCUGCCAACUCACUCUUGAACAAACUAAUCCGGCAGUCCUUAGUAGAGUCCACUCACCGUGUGGAGGUCUUACAGAAGGAUCCUAGCUCUCCCCUCUAUUCAGUAAAGACAUUUGAAGAGUUGCGACUAAAGGAAGAGAUACUGAAAGGGAUUUAUGCAAUGGGAUUCAACAGACCAUCAAAAAUCCAGGAGAUGGCCCUCCCCAUGAUGUUGGCACACCCACCCCAGAACCUCAUAGCACAGAGCCAGUCUGGAACAGGCAAAACAGCUGCUUUUGUCUUGGCAAUGCUAAGCAGAGUUAAUGCCUCAGAGCUGUUUCCACAGUGUCUCUGCCUAGCUCCAACUUAUGAAUUGGCUCUGCAAACUGGACGUGUGGUUGAGCAGAUGGGAAAAUUUUGUAUUGAUGUUGAAGUGAUGUAUGCUGUUCGAGGAAACCGAGCUCCGAGAGGCACCGAUAUAACCAAACAAAUUAUAAUUGGCACCCCUGGGACUGUCCUAGAUUGGUGCUUUAAACGAAAAGUGAUCGAUUUGAAUAAGAUCCGUGUAUUUGUCCUGGAUGAAGCAGAUGUGAUGAUUGAUACCCAGGGAUUCUCAGACCAAAGCAUUCGAAUUCAGAGAGCUUUACAGCCCGAAUGCCAAAUGCUGCUCUUCUCAGCAACUUUUGAGGAUUCCGUGUGGCAGUUUGCUGAGCGAAUCAUUCCUGAUCCUAAUGUGAUCAAGCUACGCAAAGAAGAGCUGACUCUGAACAACAUCAGGCAGUAUUAUGUUCUAUGUGACAGUAGGAAAGACAAAUACCAAGCCCUGUGCAACAUCUAUGGAGGCAUCACCAUUGGUCAGGCCAUCAUCUUUUGCCAGACUCGUCGAAAUGCAAAAUGGUUAACUGUGGAGAUGAUGCAGGAUGGCCACCAAGUAUCUUUGUUGAGUGGAGAGCUGACAGUUGAUCAGCGGGCUUCAAUCAUCCAGAGGUUUCGUGAUGGGAAAGAGAAAGUCCUUAUAACCACCAAUGUCUGUGCUCGAGGCAUUGAUGUGAAGCAAGUCACAAUCGUUGUGAACUUUGACCUUCCUACAAACCAAACUGGUGACCCAGACUAUGAGACCUACCUCCAUCGAAUAGGACGAACAGGCCGCUUUGGCAAAAAGGGCAUCGCCUUCAACAUGAUUGAAGUGAAUAAGUUGCCCUUACUUUUUAAAAUUCAGGAUCACUUCAACAGCACGAUUAAGCAGCUGGAUCCAGAUGACAUGGAUGAAAUUGAAAAGAUCGAAUAUUAAAGUGAAGACUUUGAAAGGGCUUAUGAAACAUUCCCAUGCGUGUGUAAACAGGUUCCAGAAAGCUAUAAUUGUAACUUGAUGGUUGGGGCUUUUUCAAAAGGAAAACUGUUAUUUGUCAUACAGUGAAAUAAAG